UGGACGAAGCUUCUGUUCCAUGAUGACAACUAUGAAAGAGAAGGGGUGAUUAAUGUAGUAUUCAGUAUUAUCAAUUGUAAAUCUUAACGGUAAAUAAUUUCGGGUGCAUACGAUCAGCAGAGCUUCAAAAGUUAUUUUAAUAAUCAGUUGCAAUACCAUGGAUGAUACUAAAACGGUUUGGUGCGGAAACUUGUCAGAUCAGGUUACUGAGGAAUUACUUUAUGAACUUUUUCUACAAGCUGGUCCACUGGAAAGAGUGAAAAUACCGACGGAUAAAGAAGGAAGAAAAUCAAAUUUUGCGUUCAUUACUUUCAAACAUGAACAAUCUGUGAACUAUGUUCUUCAGCUUUUAAAAGGCAUAAGACUCUUUGAUAAGCUCCUGAAUGUCAAGCCAAGAAAUGGAAACUCGCAAAACAGACCACUCGACAGAAAUGCGGGACAGCCUGACUUUCAAAACAAUAAAAUCAAUCAUCUAAGGCUGGGGUGUUCACCUAGGUUUGAUCAUUCACCAAAUAGAUUUGCAGAUAACAGACUAAACUAUAGUGGUAAUAACAGUUUCCACGAUAUGGAUGACAAACAUCAUAAUCAAGAAAUCCACAGAGAUAUGCAGUAUGAUCAUAACCUUCACAGAAGUCAUCAUGGGAAAGAAGACCAACAUUAUGAUCAAGAAAUCAAAAGAGAUAUGCAAUAUGAAAGAAACAUGCACAGAAGUCAUCAUGAUAGGGAAGAUCAACACUAUGAGCAAGAUGAUAAUAGAGAUAAACAUUACGAUCGGGACAUUCGUAGAAAUCAUUAUGUACAGGGUAGAAGAAAUCAUUCGGACACCCCUUAUCGACGAAAUAACUACAGUGAAGGAAGAAAUAAUUUUAACAGCAGACAUGGCAGAAAACUUGGCAGAUUUUAAAAUAUUUCAGUUUUUCAUAAAUUUCACUCACCAUCUCUUCAACUCCAACAGAAGAUAGUUGGAAACUUUCGGAACAUGUAUGGUAAUAAAAAUUUAUGAAGUAUUUGGCUUGGGUUCUAAAAUAUUUUACUCAAAAAAAUCUAUUCAGGGAACAAGCGAAAUAUAGAACAAUCCAUUACAAGUAUCUGAAACAAUGUGUUAACUAAUUUUAAAUCAAUUAAAAAUAUUCUAGUGAGAAUGGAACUGAAUUAUUAAAUGAUUUCAACAAUAAGUGAAAUUUCAAAUAAAGAGAAAUUGAUAAUUGA